CACUUCCUCCUUCCGCUGUUACAAAUUCUUGUCAAUGUAUUUCUGUCUGUCUCUAUUGUCAUCCUAUUAGGCAGUAAGACUGGAAGCUUUAGAAGAAAGACGUAUCUACUGGGCAGUCGGGAGAGCUAACUAACUCAUUCAUUGAUUGAAUACGCUUGUAAUCAAGGAAAUUCUAUAGCACUUAGCUGAUAACAAUUCCAAUUUAAUUGCCAUACACAGCUAAGCAAGUAGCUCGGUCACUGCAAGUUUUCCCUAUCCGAGCCUUCCCUUUCUGUGAGAAUAGGAAAUAAGAUUACUAGUAGACAUGGCGAAUUUGCUCACCAUGCASUUUUGUGCCACACUCAGAAAACCUGGGAAUCUGAAUCCUCUGAGAAGCACUUCUACAGCACUGACAAACAAACGAAGCUACAGCAGCGAAGAUGGAGAGUACCUGCAUAAAAGCAUCGUGCCUACAAUGCACUACCAGAAGAGUUUACCCAGGCUACCAGUUCCAAAACUGGAGGAUACAAUCAAAAGGUAUCUGGCUGCUCAGCGGCCUCUUCUAGAUGACGACCAGUUCAGUACCACAGAGAAACUGGCCCGUGACUUUGAGAAUGGAGUGGGGAAACAAAUGCAUGAGGAGCUGGUAGCGCAAGACAAGCAGAACAAGCACACCAGCUACAUAUCGGCCCCAUGGUUCGACAUGUACCUGUCAGCGCGAGACUCCGUAGUGCUGAACUUCAACCCCUUCAUGUCCUUCAACCCGGACCCCAAGACGGAGUACAACAACCAGCUAGUGCGAGCAACCAACAUGGUGGCUUCCGCUGUGCGCUUCAUGAAGACUCUGCGCGCUGGACUCCUGGAACCCGAGGUGUUCCACUUGAACCCAGCUAAGAGCGACACGGACAGCUUCAAGAAACUCAUCCGCUGGGUCCCCUCCUCCCUGUCCUGGUAUGGAGCCUUCAUGGUGAACGCCUACCCUCUGGACAUGUCUCAGUACUUCCGCCUCUUCAAUGCGACACGCAUCCCCAAGCAAGGGAAAGACGAGCUCUUCACCGACCCAAAAGCACGCCACCUACUAGUUAUGAGGGGAGGCAACAUGUACGUGUUUGAUGUGAUGGACCGCGAUGGGAACCUGGUUAAGCCAGCGGAGAUCCAGGCCCACCUGAAGCACAUCCUGUCGGACCCGACCCCGGCCGCGGCCCACCCCCUGGGGCUGCUGACCAGCGAGAACAGGAACACAUGGGCCCGGCUGAGGGAGAAGCUCCUGGCCACUGGGAACGGAGAGGUGCUAGGUCUGGUGGACAGUGCCCUCUUCUGUCUGUGUCUGGACGACGAGAGCAUGAACGACCACAUCCACAUCUCCCACAACAUGCUGCACGGGGACGGCACCAACCGCUGGUAUGACAAGUCCUUCAGCAUCAUCAUGGCCAAAUGCGGAAACGCCGCCAUCAACUURGAGCACUCGUGGGGCGACGGCGUGGCUGUUCUCCGCUUCCAGAACGAGGUGUUCAAGGACUCUACGGAGAAACCACUGGUGAACCCUGGCUCUCAGCCUGCAGCCGUGGACUCAGCCUCAGCCGUGAGGAGACUCCAGUUCAACCUAGACGCAGAGCUGGAGAAUGGGGUCAUCAAGGCCAAAGAGAACUUCCACGCAGCCGUAUCCAAGCUCACCAUAGACGCCAUGCAGUUCAUGAAGGGCGGGAAGGAGCAGUUGAAGAAGAAGAAGCUGAGUCCGGAUGCCAUUGCUCAGCUAGCGUUCCAGAUGGGAUUCCUGAGGCAGUAUGGGCAGACGGUGGCCACAUACGAGUCCUGCAGCACCGCAGCAUUCAGACAUGGUCGUACAGAGACCAUCCGGCCUGCUACAAUACACACACAGCGCUGUGCUCAGGCCUUCGUGCAACAGCCAGGAAAACACAGCGUUGAGCAACUGAUAGGCAUGCUCAGCGAAUGCUCCAAAUAUCACGGGCAGCUCACCAAAGAGGCAGCUAUGGCCCAAGGCUUUGACCGGCAUCUGUUUGCCAUGAAGUACUUGGCCAACUCAAAGGGUCAAGCCCUACACAGCCUGUACCAGGACCCAGCCUACGCCGCCAUCAACCACAACAUCCUCUCCACCAGCACCCUCACCAGCCCUGCCGUUAACCUGGGAGGCUUUGCCCCUGUGGUGCCCGAUGGAUUCGGGGUGGGCUACGGUGUCCAUGAUGAGUGGAUCGGCUGCAAUGUGUCUAGUUACCCAGAGCGUAAUGUUCAUGAGUUUCUGCAGUGUGUUCAUAAGUCUCUGGAGGACAUUUUCUCUGUUCUGGAAGGAAAGCCUCUCAGCUAAAGAAAAGUUUUACCGCAAAUCCUAACUUCCACUUCAGUUGAAUUUUCACCGUCAGGCAUUGACAUGAAGUGAAAAUUCUAAAUUUMUUGUAGUUCAGAUGAUUUCGACUGCAGUUGUAUAGUACAGUGAGAUGAAUGUCGGAUUUAAAAGGCACAUUUCCUGAGGCGUAGUGUGGGUUGGAAGUACUGGUAUAGGUUAAUAAAGAGGGAAUAUCAAACAAGCUCUGCAUGGUUCAGUAGAGGUCAUAUUCCUAUACUGUCAAGUAGCUAACUGACUACACAGAUUCAUAAUGCCCAAGGAAAUACCAAAUACACUAGUGUAAUGAAGGCAAAAACAAUGAAAGCUUCAGGUGUUUGUUUGAUCCAAUGUUGAUUCCUUUUCUAACUAGCAUCACAAUCUAUCGAGAGCCUAGUAAAUUAAGUCUCACAUUUUAUAGUACUAACCUUUACUGAUAAAGGCCAGUGCUUUUGAAUGAAUGUCCUCAUGUAAAGGGCAGUUUGAUAGGGAAAUUAAAUCUAGUAAUAUUGAUAUUCAGAGUAGCACUUCAUUUUUUGUUGCUGUAGCAAGCCUUGUCAAAGGAUUGUAUUACAAUUUACAGAUAUCCAUGUUGCUUUGUGAUGUUUUAAAGCAAUACCUAAGAUCUUUGCUAUUAAAGGUCCAACGCAGCUGUUAUUUCAAUAUCAAAUCCUUUCUAGGUAACAAGUACCUGUGAUCGUUUUAAUAAAGAAAUGGUCAAAAAGAACAGCUAAAGCAAAAAAUUUACUAGGACUGUCUUUGCGGGGUGGGGAAAAUGGAAAAUUUGCGGUCUAUUAAUCAAAUUACCGCAUUGGGGAUGUCACCAUGGAAGGUCAAAACUCCAUCCCACCAACAGGCUGAAAUCCAGUCUUUUCAAACAGCGCUUACACUAAAAGGGUAUUAUCAUUUUCACAGUAUUAUUCCAACUUUGAUGUGGAAAUAUAAAUGCAAGAAAAUCCCAUUUGACUGCACUGAGCCAUUAAGGUGCAGAUGGUUUUCCUUUUGUUCCUUAUGGAAUGUUCACUGGAUGUUUCUCACACAGCUUUACUGAAGUAGUGUAAACAACUCAAACUAAAUGUGACCUGGAAUGAUGAAUUAAUAUAUUUUGCUCGAUUGUAAUUAACAACUUUCUGUUGAUCUGUGUACGGAGUUGGGUGCUGGAAUAAAAAAGGCUGACCUCUA